AUAAACCGCUGAGCCUCGCCUUGACUUAAAUUUUUGGCUUUGAAUUAUCGCUGCUACCUGAGCAAAAGGCGUUGAUCUAAGGAGAAUUUGAAAGUUGAAUUUUGAGAAGGAAAAAUCGAAGCGUAGAAGCCUUUGUUUUAUAAGAUAAAUCGUUUGGCAGACAGAAAGUACAUCAGAUAUACAGACGUUCAACUAUACGCUUGUAAGAACGGUUCAAGGAUGAUAUACAAAUGUGCCCAAGGUGUAACUUUUGUUGUUUUGGGUAUUAUGUGCUUGUUUGGCGCGAGAACCGAAGGUAAGGAUAUUAUAGUAUUAUGGAGAUGCCAAAUUGUAGAAGUUUCCUGCCUGAUUCAAUAUAGUUGUAAAUGAGAUCAAAUUCAUAAUAUUCAUGAAGGAACAGCCGAAAUGCAAUUACUUUUAUGACUUUUUCACAAAUUUUUCUUAAGAUUACACUCGAGAUGUGUUCGCACUGCUUGCAUGUUCCCAGUUGUUGACAAGUCUGGAACGAGACGGAUGAGGCCAACAGACUCGCAACAAGUUAUUCCAACAAGUCUGAUAUCGUCUGCACGUAAUAUUAAGUUGUUAACAAGUUGAUGACAACAAGCUCGUAGCAACUUGUUACGAACAGCCUGCAUUAGUCUUGUUGCAACAACUUGUAGCAAGUCUGUUACCGAAAACACGAAUGUCUGCAUGUAACGUUCGAACAUGAUAAAUAAAACAAAUUCGAAUAUUCGAAAAGUAUAACACAAAUAUGACAGAAUAAUAUGUGUACACACCGGCUAUAGCUCUACUACAAUCUACAAUCAUCGAGUUUAGACCAGACAAUUACCUUAAACAAUCGCUUCUAAAAAGGGUGAAAAUACUUUAGAGUUUAAUUCUCAGAAAUAGAGCUUAACAUUCAAAAAUUUGACAAGUGAGAAUUAGAUUAUAUUAAAGUGACUCUGCAUGGAAACGGAGAUGGCAGCUGCAUUCAAAUCAUGAAGAUUAUACAUGGAAAUAUAAUUUGUUAUAAUAUAUAAAAACUCAUGCGACAGUUGGUGUAUGGCAAAAAGAGAAAGACAAUUUUUUCAUGGGGGAACACAUUGAAAUACGGUAUAGAAAAAGUCUAAGUCUUAAUAAAGAUAACGAGAAAAUAUAAUGAAAAUCUACCAAUUCGAGCAAGACUGUACGCCUAUGUAAUUUUUUAGCUUUGUCUUAAAUCUUUAUUUGAGUUUUAUAAAUAUAUCAUUCCAAGUUUUGCACAUUCAAUCCCAAGUUUCAAUUAUGUCUUAAUGUUGCAUGAAAUUUAUCCAUGUUUAACAGUAACAUCUUCACAACAUUACACACACAUCCACAUUCGUGCGCGGUAUAUAGCUAUUUAACAAUGCACUGCUGAGAUCUGGGUUGCUUGUCAUAAAAUACGUUCAAUCUCAAUAUUUAACUUGACAUUUCUUUACUAAAUAGCCCCUCCCUUACGGUUUCUAAAUCAUACAAAAAUCACCGUAACGAACAAUAGCGCUCUGCGGCAAAAGCCACGGUGGGUACCCCCCGUCAGGCAUGCGCUAUUAGACACACAAAGAAUAUACACGAACACUUAAUUCGAGCCAAAUGUUUUCAGAAACCCGAGAAAAAUAUGCUAUUGAUAAAAUUAAUUUAUAGCAAGCUAAUUUUAAAGUUUUAUGAGAGAUUUCAAGAGGGAAAUUACGGAUGCUUAUGCAGAUUUACUUGCUUUAAGAACGACCAGAAAUAUGGAAUGCCGUCUCCGUAAGACCAAGUCAGAGGUCCCAGUUGGUUGCUGACCUUUUGUAUAAGGCCAAAUAAAAUACUUUCUUGCGCUCUGAACAUAGUCCAUAGGUAUCUUGUAUACACUCGAUAGUGCAUCUAAUUAUUCUGCAAUUCAAAAAUUGAAGCCGUGAUUGCAGACUCAGGAUAUUCCCAUGAAAUGAGAAGACUCGUAUGUUUUCUAUUUCUUAAACAGGGAACUUAAACAUUAAGUCAAACCUAUUCCAAAGACAUUUUCAAACUAUUCAAAUGAUGAAAGUUAUUGUUGUUUUUUAAGCGUUUAUUAGCGAGUGGGAAACUCCAACAUGGCCGCCAUCUAUUCAAAUGGGGGUAACUGCUGGAAUAUUCUUGGCUUCAAUUUUACUAAAAGAGAUGCGCUAUCUAGUCUAUAUAAGAUAUCUAUGGCAUAGUCGCACAACAUGCACGUUAAUAAAUUACUUUAUGUUCUACGUUUGUUUCUUGUCCAUAUUUAUGUAUGGACAAAGCAAUGUUUCCCAAGAAUCAUGAUCUAAUCUUUACUGGAGAGGUUCAGAUUUGACUGCUUGGUAAUCAUCUGAUUGGUUAAUCGGAUAUGUCAAAGGCAUCUGAUUGGUCAAUUUUCCCUUAAUGGUAGCGGUAGUCAACCUUGAGCCUAUAGAAAUGUUCCAUUUGCAAGCACACAAAAAACAACCUCAUGCCUCAUUUCAUUUUGAAAAAAAAUUCUGAUGAGAAAGCGGGAUUUUUCAUUUGGCCCAGAUGUAACUUAUAGCUUCCUACCCACCAAUAGAGAAAACAAGAGCAAACGGAAAUUAAAACCAGGCAAAUUCGAAAGGUGAAGAAUAUAGGGAGGAUAAAGAACAUUAUAGGAUAAGAGAUUAAGAGAUAAGGAUCAGAGUUCCUGGGUAAAGGUUUCUGUCAAUUCUGUGAUGAGAGUGGCGCCAUGUUACUAGACCAUAGCUUUUCAACGCUUGUCUUGACAAGAGGUUCACACAGUCUUAUGUACAUGAAAGCAUGCUUUUUUGAUCAGAUAAACUUUGGUUAGAACUAGCAAUUUCGGCUAGGACUUCAACUUGGCAGGUUAUAAUGUGGUAAUCGAUCCCACUAACAAUUCCAAAUCCCAUCAUCUAAAUUAAUCCAAGAGUGUUCUGCAACACUUCCAUCAUACUAGCAUGCAACAACGGAACUUCCUUUCAAAACUUGAUAGCAUUUUGCUUUCUCUUAUGUCUUCAGGUAAACAGUUCCAUAUAUCAUACAUAAAACUCUUUUUUAAACUAUUCGAAUGUGGCUUUGGUAAACGUAUUGUGCUUAAGGUGUCACGAAAAUUGUGUCAACAUUAAAUACCGGCGUAUUAAUUUCAUCUGCUCUCCUAAACUUUUAUUUAAGGCAUGACUACGGUGAACGAAGCAGAGUUAAAAUUGAUGACAAAACUCUUUCCACACUCGGCGACAUUCAUGAAAGAUGUUCUGCCAGUUAAAGACAAGAAUAACUCAGUGAACGUGAGCCUGCAGAUUGCAUUACGACAAAUUAUGGAUAUUGUGAGUAUAGUAAAAUGGUUGCUGCAUCACUCAUAAGUUUACACAUAACUAAUUUGUCAUAAAACUAUAACUUUUCCAGCAUGAGAAAACUCAAGUGAUCAUUCUGAGCGUCUGGAUACGACAAUACUGGAACAACCCAAUGUUAGCUUGGAACAGUUCAGAAUAUUUAAAUAUUUCUGCUAUCAACGUGGACAAAAAUCUCGUCUGGGUUCCCGAUAUGUGUUUAUACAAUACGUAAGUAAUAAGGAAAAAACUAUCCAUGUAACUAUAUUAUCGUGUGGAAGUAAUUAGAAAACGUAUAAGACACAUGAUUGAACAGAUGUCAAUAAAAGUGAAAACAGCAAGGGCAAAACAUCAACGAAAACCAAUAUCACCAUUAUCAACAACAAAGACAACACAAAGUAACAUCAGCGAGAACAACAACAGCAAUAACUACUACAACGGCGACAACAACAACAACAACAACAACAACAACAACAACAACAACAACAACAACAACAACAACAACAACAACAACAACAACAACAACAACAACAACAACAACAACAACAACAGCAGCAACAGCAACAACAACAACAACAACAACAACAACAACAACAACAACAACAACAACAACAACAACAACAACAACAACAACAACAACAACAACGACAACAACAACAACAACAGCAACAACAACAACAACAACAACAGCAACAACAGCAACAACAGCAGCAGCAACAACAACAACAGCAACAACAACAACAACAACAACGACAACGACAACGACAACAACAACAACAACAACAACAACCACAACCACAACCACAGCAACAGCAACAACAACAACAACAACAACAACAACAACAACAACAACAACAACAACAACAACAACAACAACAACAACAACAACAACAACAACAACAGCAACAGCAACAGCAACAACAACAACAACAACAACAAUUAAAAUAACAACAACAAUAACAACAACAAUAACAAUAGCAAUAACAACAACAACGUCAAUAACGACAACAACGUCAAUCCAAACGCAUCUAACACAAAAAAAACUCUAAUUUCAGGGCAGAUGACAGUGGAAGUCUGUACCAAAGCCUAGAUACGAAAAUCAUUGUAACCAGUGAUGGAAACUGCACAUGGCUUGCUCCGAUCAUCCUGAAAAGCGAAUGCAAAAUUGACGUUGAAUUCUUUCCGUUCGACGAACAAUCCUGCUUACUCCAGUUCGGUUCUUGGACUUACAGCAGUCUCAGUAUAGACGUACACCCCAAGGAAAAACAAGCCGACCUCGGUAGCUACAUUACGAACGGCGAGUGGGACAUUAUUGAUAUCAGAGCGAAGCGUCAUGAAGAUUUUUACCCAUGUUGUGAAGAGCCUUACCCGUCUAUAAUAUUCACAGUGCGUGUACGACGCCGGAUGCUGUACUAUGUAUCGAACCUCAUAAUCCCCUGUGCUGUUAUCGCGGCUUUAGCGUUUCUUUCGUUUUACCUUCCAGUAGACUCCGGUGAACGUAUCUCUCUUGUGAUCACGGUGCUUUUAGCAAUGACGGUGUAUAUGCUAAUGGUAUCGAAUUCAAUGCCGCCGACAUCCGAAGUCAUCCCGCUCAUAGGAAAGUACUAUUUAGCAGUGAUGAUAGAGAUCGCCUUAUGUUUGGUUGCGACAUGCAUGACAAUUCGCUGGCACCACAAUGACACACCCAUGCCAAGAUGGUUGCAUUCGAUGGUGGUACGUGUUUGUGGCAAGGUCUUCUGCGCAAACGGAUCAGAGCGGCCGUUCCUCGACGCACCUUCACCCAACAGUUACAACGUGAAUAACAACCAAAUGGCGCUGGCAACCAGAAGCGAAUACCAACACCCUAACAGCACCAACACACGCACAGUCCAGCUACGAGAGAUCACCAGCAACCCAACGACAGAUAUGGAGUCAAUCUAUAAAAAUCUCAGUGUGCUCUCGAAGAAGGCUGAAAGCGACGAAACGGAGGAAGGAAUCCGCCACGACUGGAAGAAGGCAGCUCAAGUUUUGGAUCGCUUGUUCUUUGUUAUAUUUCUCGUCACAUUUAUCCUCUUUUCAGUGAUUAUAUUCACAGCCAUACCGAACUAUGACAGCUAAGGAUCCACAGAAGAACACAGCAAGAAUUGAAGAAACAUUGUAUGUUUCAAGCACAACAUAUUCAUUAGGCUUUUGAGUUAAAUAUAAAACGAUCCAAAUAGGAGAACCUCGUACAAGGGUUGGGGAACAUUGUACUUGUAAAUUCUUAAAAUAUAUAACAGCUUGUACAUUAGGCAUGGUGGGUUAAACUAUACUUUUAGGCCCGUUUCAUACGCCGUACUUCACAUGUGCCGAAUACAUUAAAAACAAUAGGUAAUGAGGCAUUUCAGCUCAUUAUCUAUUGUCUUUAAUGUAUUCGGCACAUGUGAGGUACGGCGUAUGAAACGGGCCUUAGCAAUUUUACUUUUUCGAAACAAAAACUUAAUGAUCUACACGAAUAUUGUACCAUAUACGCUUAACGUGUGACUAACCCCAAUUAUGAUUUUUUGUAUGUGUAAAUAUUUGGGUCAUUCGAAGACGAAAUGUAAUAUAUCUUUAUAAUAAAAAAUCCCAUCUUGAUCAACUUUUUCACUGUCAAAGUUUACGGACAUGAUGUAUUUAGGUGAAUUGCAAAUUAGUUUUCCUUUGUUUUUUGUACCAAAAAUUUACCUAAUGACCUCAUAUCUGGAAACUUUGACAGUGAGAAAGUUGAUCAAGAUGAGGUUUUUUACUAUAAAGAUACAUUACAUUUCUUCUUCGAAUGCCCCAAAUAUUACACAUACUAAAAAUUAUAUUUGGGGUUGGUAGCAUUUUAACAUAUAUUGUUUUUAACAACUGAUGCAUUACCCAUUUGCAUGGCAGUUAAAGCCAUCAAGGACAUCAUUGGUAAUAAAAUUUUAGUUAACCUCGUUAGAAAGAACUCUGUGACAUAGUAACAACCGUAAAAUAAGUUAUUUUACACUUCUUAGAUAUAUGUCAUUAUUUUCUAGGGGCCGGUUGUUCAAAGCUGAUAUGGUGCUAACCAUCGUUUAAAUUUUAAUCCGCGUCUUAUAGUUCGUGUUUUUCUGCUGUAUUAUUUAUAGUUUGUGUAUUUUUGCUUUGUAUCAUUUCAAAACUUCAGAGGAGAAAACUCCCACAAGAUACAAAUAUUUCCAAAUUUAUGAACCAGCUGUCGGAAAGUCUGCUUUGAAUUAUAGGUUAACCUAUAUGGAUUAGGCUAAUCGGCUUUCAAUAACCGACUCAACGUUUUCCAAAUUAUUUGAAAGCAAAUGAUUAAGGCCAUGUUACACGGUGCAAUUUCUCUUGCAACUUGCAAUGCAAUUCUACUCUUGAGAGAUGUAAAAUUGCCAAAUACGAGUCUUCAUUACACUCCGCUGUUGUUUUCUCAACAUAUCGAAAAUUCUUCGCUGAUUUCACUAAUUAACAUCUCUCAAGAGUAGAAUUGCAUUGCAAGUUGCAAGAAAAAUUGCACCGUGGACAUGGCCAUUAGUGAAUAACUCAAUAUUUAACUACAAACUAGAAUAACUAUUUAUGUAAUUAUUGUUCUGAAAAUAAAUCUUAUCUUG